UUUCUCACAGCAGCUCGCAGAUCCAAUUGACCCAGCUGCACAGUCCUUGGAGGAUGAGUACUACAGAUCUUUCUGACGGGCACCAAGAUGCUUCCGCGGUAGCCUCCAACUCGCGCCGGAGAAACAGCAGCAGCCGCGGCUGGGUGGUGCAGAAGUUUGGCGGGACAAGCGUAGGGAAGUUCGCUCUCAACAUCGCGGAGGAUAUUGUACGCGCGAGCUUGGGUGACAAUAGAAUAGCCGUUGUUUGUUCCGCACGAAGUACGGGGAAGAAGGUUGAGGGGACAACCAGUCGAUUGUUGGAGAUCUUCGGGGUCCUCGAAUCCAUCAAUGCUGUCAAUGAUACGGAAUCCGUACACUACGAAAGCCUGGUCAACGAAUAUGAAAGAUUGGUCAAGGUAAUCUGCGAAGACCAUGUCAGCGCGGCCGAGGCGCAUGUCCGGGAUACAAAUAUCCUGGCAAAACUCUCUGCAGAUAUCGUGGCCGAGUGCAAGGAGAUUCUAGAUUAUCGAAAAGCUGCGGAACGAUGGCAUCUGGAAAUAGAUUCGAGGUCGAAAGAUCGCAUUGUGAGCUUUGGAGAGAAGCUCAGCUGUCGGUUCAUGGCCGCUUUGUUACAAGAUAGUGGAGUCGAUGCGGAAUAUGUGGAUCUCUCUGAUGUCAUUCACCUCAAGGCCUCAAGGGGGCCUGAUCAGGAGUUCUUCAGAGAAUUGACUGCCGCGCUUAAGGAGAAGAUUAUGGCUUGCGAGGAUAGGGUCCCAGUAUUGACGGGAUACUUUGGAGCUGUUCCAGGCGGGUUGAUGGACGGUGAAAUCGGGCGAGGCUACACAGACCUCUGUGCAUCGUUGAUAGCUGUCGCUCUCAAAGCAGAUGAGCUGCAAGUAUGGAAGGAGGUUGAUGGAAUAUUCACCGCAGAUCCAACCAAGGUUCCCACAGCGCGGCUCCUGCCUACUAUCACCCCGUCGGAGGCAGCAGAGUUGACCUUUUACGGCUCGGAAGUUAUCCACCAUCUGACCAUGGACCAAGUCAUCCAUGCGACGCCUCCUAUUCGAAUCCGCAUCAAGAACGUCAAAAACCCGCGAGGAAAUGGAACUAUUGUCCUGCCCGAGCCUAUCCCUGCACCUGGUCAGCUUAUACGCUCGAGAAGCCCAAGUGCUUUGGGCUUGCGGAAAACGCCAAAGAGACCAACUGCCGUUACUAUCAAAGACAAGAUCACUGUCAUCAACGUCCAUUCAAAUAAGCGCUCGAUAUCCCAUGGAUUCUUCGCAAAAGUCUUCUCUAUCCUUGACCGGCGUCACCUGUCCGUGGACCUGAUCUCCACGAGUGAAGUUCAUGUGUCCAUGGCCAUCCAUUCCCCCAGUAUCCCAGUCGACGACAUGCAGAAAGCAAAAGAGGAACUGGAGGAGUGCGGCGAAGUUACUAUCUUAGACAAGAUGGCUAUCCUCAGUUUAGUCGGAGCAGAGAUGAAGAACAUGGUCGGUAUAGCCGGCCGCAUGUUCUCGACCCUCGGAGAGCACAACGUGAACAUCGAAAUGAUCUCGCAAGGAGCGAGCGAAAUCAACAUAUCCUGCGUCAUAGACGCAUAUGAGGCAACGCGGGCGAUGAAUAUCUUACAUACCAAUCUGUUUACCUUUCUUGAAUAAAUAAAAAAACGGGUCUGCAUGGCUACGGCUAGAAAAGCUGGAAAAAGUAGAAAGAGAAAAAGAAGUAUAUCUAGGGGCAUCUUUUAGGCGUUUCUGAGCAUUUUUUCUCAAGGAGGGGAACCGUAGCGUGCAGCAACUUUUUGUAUCGCUAUUCUGGAAUAGAUUACUUUUUUUUUCCCCAAACGCGCCAAAGUCUGGUAGCUGCUACAUAUACCUACCUAG